UGCACACCUUUGGACAAUUGUUCAGUCCUAUAAAACGUAAAUACAUGAGACAUUGUUGACAGUUUAUAUCAUAGGAAUCGAAUAAAGAUGUUGUCUAAUCAUUUUAUGAGUUAUUUAUCAGCCUUAACGGCAACAUCAGUCGUAGGAAAUUAUUCUGAUUUAAAGUUAGACUGGUGGCAAAAAAGCGUUAUUUACCAAGUUUAUCCUCGAUCUUUUAAGGAUAGUGAUGAAGAUGGAAUAGGAGAUUUAAAAGGUAUUGAAGAAAUGGCUGAAUACUUCCAAUACACUGGUAUUGGGACAAUAUGGUUAUCUCCCAUAUUCAAAUCACCCAUGGCAGAUUUUGGUUAUGAUAUUUCAGAUUUUAAUGAUAUAGAUGAAACUUUUGGCACAAUGGAUGAUUUUAAAAAUUUGCUAAACAAAUUAAAGUUGUUAGGAGUUCGUCUAUUGUUAGAUUUUGUGCCUAAUCAUUCUAGUGAUGAACAUGAGUGGUUUAAAAAAUCAAUAAAAAGAAUUGAUCCAUACACGAAUUAUUAUAUUUGGAAAGAUGGAAAAGCUGAUGAAAAUGGUAAUAGAAUUCCACCGAAUAAUUGGAGGUCCAACUUUCAAGGGAGCGCAUGGGAAUGGUCACCUGAAAGAGGACAAUAUUAUUUACACCAGUUUACAAUCAAACAACCAGAAUUAAACUUCCGCUCUCCAAUACUUUUAGAUGAAAUGAAGAAUGUACUAAGGUUUUGGUUGGAUAUGGGCAUUGACGGAUUUCGUGUGGAUGCUGUACCAUUUAUUAUAGAAGACGAGUUUUUCAGAGAUGAACCACUACUCGAUCCUAAUUCACCUGAUGAUAAUUUAUCAUAUAAUUUACUUAACCAUAUUUACACAAGAGAUCAGCUAAUGACUUAUGAAAUAAUUGAGGAAUUUAGAGAAGUUCUUGAUGAAUUUACAGCCAAAGAUGGAAACACUAGGUUAUUAUUGACCGAAGCAUAUGCUCCCAUGAAUUUUACCAUGUUGUAUUAUAGUCAAGAAAAACCAAGGGCUCAUAUGCCAUUUAAUUUUAAUUUUAUAACUUAUUUUAACAUUUCAUCGUCUGCAGAAGAUAUUAACAAUAUUAUUCAUUUAUGGUUAGAUAAUAUACCUAAAGGUCAAUGGCCAAAUUGGGUGAUUGGAAACCACGACAAUAAACGAGUCGCGUCACGGUUAAGUCAGGAUAUGGUAGAUCCGAUGAACAUGCUUAAUAUGAUGUUGCCAGGGACUGCUGUCACAUACAAUGGAGAAGAAAUUGGCAUGUCUGAUGCUUAUUUAAGAUUUGAUCAAACAGUUGAUCCAUGGGCCAAAGCUUUUGGACCAUUAAAUUAUAAUACUGUCUCAAGAGAUCCAGCUAGAACGCCUUUUCAUUGGAAUAAUACACAAAAUGCUGGAUUUUCUAGAUUGAAAAAAACUUGGCUCCCUGUUAAUAGUAAUUAUUGGAUUAACAAUUUGAAAUUGCAAAAGAAAAAUAAUAAAAGUUACUAUAAAACUUAUAAAAAAUUAGUUCAACUUAGAAAAAAGCCAACAAUAUCGCAUGGAGAUCUCACUACUUAUGUACUUUCAAAAUGGGUAUUUGCCUUUAGCAGAAAAUUAAAUGGUUAUGAAGAUUAUUACAUUAUUCUUAAUAUUGGAACGGAACAAGAAGAAAUAACUUUAAACUCAUGCUUCAGUAAUCUAUCAAAAAAUAUAAAUGUACAAGCCUCUAGUUUGAAUUCUGUCUACAAAGAGGGCCAAAUUAUCAACCCAAAUGAUAUCUUGGUAAUGACUCCAAAAUCAUCUAUAGUCCUUUCAUCUGAAUAACCAAGUAUACGAGUUGAUUACUGGUACAAAUCAAUAAAAUAGUCAAAAAGUAAUUUAUGGAAUCAAAUACUAAAAAAUUGUCAAAGGAUUAAGAAAUAAUACCACAAUAAGUAAAUAAUGCACUGUUUAUUUAAAAAUCUUUGUUAGAUAUCAAUUUAAACAGUCAAAAACAGGUUUCAUAAUAUAACUCAAUAGGAAUAUAGAUAUAAUAAGAAAGACAUAUUGUUACAAAACUCAUAAUUCCAUUAUAAAUAGCAUAUAUACAAUAAAUAUUUUAUUCAAAUGUCUUUACCUUUAUACAAAUAAUAUUUUAGAAUAUAUUAUUUUAUAGCUUAUAAAAUAAAUAAAUUUAGAGCUGCGUUAAAAAAUACUCCGAUACAUAAUUUGCUGUUAUAACCAUCAUGAUGAGUAAAAACAAAACAAAAAUCUGUUUGCAUGCAACCAGUAAAGAAGAAACCCAAUGAAGCGACAAACUCACUGAAACAAAUUAGAAUGAAAACAUUUUUUUUUUAAGUGAUAAGGUUAAACUUUAAAAAUUAAUUAAAAAUAAGUAAAACAAGCAUUAAUGUACAGCAAAAACAAUAAAAUAAUUGUAAAGAAAAAAUAUUGACGCACAAAUACAAGCCUAAUGCCGAAUUUUACAUAAUAAUCAUUUAUAAAAUCUCUUAUUUUUUAUUAUGUUAGUUGGUUCAAUUGAUUUCCUAUAUUAUCCUGAAUAUUAACGGAGAAACUCAAACUCAAUUUGAGCACAAUACCCUCCUUACUAUAGUUUAAUUUUAUACUCAAACUACGUAAGCAAUUAAAUCCAGUAUCAAAAAGAAUAAAAAAAUGUCAAAACAAAAUCUGUUACCGAGUAAUGUGGCUAUUUUCCAAAAUC